UUUGUUUACUCUACGGAAGAUAAACUGUUCUUCGACGAUCUUGUGACUUAUUCUUUGAAAACAAAACCUUCCUCUCCUCGAACGACCUUCCACGCCUUUCCAGAUAUGAAGUGAUAGAUCUCUACACAAUGUCCAAAGAAGAUGAUGAUAGCAGCUGGAGGGACAGACUCGGAAUCAACUUCAAAAUAGAUUUGUCAGACUCGGACAUCGAAGAUGAUCAGAAUAAGUCACCGAGAUCAGUCAAAAACAGUCAUGAUAAACUUACCAAGAGCAGCAGUGGCAGUGAAGACGUGCAGGAAACGGAAGAAGCAGAAACACUUGAAAGUUUCGACUCCUUCACUCAGGAGGAGGAGGAACUUGCUCGCUACUUAGGGGAAUAUGGAAAGACUCCGCCUCGUACUCAUCGCCUCCGUCGCCAGAAGGAAAGAGAUGCCUACUGUUCUCAGGCAAAAGUUGCAGCCAAGACUAUCAAAGCCACCCUGAAACGUCGUGACACGGCUGAAAGGUUUCUCUCCCUCCCAGGAUUCUCAGAACAUGGCUUUGGAGAUGCAACUCCAGAAAGGUCAAGGAGGCAGUAUAGGGAGCGCAAAAGAUCCAUGGAUCGGCAGCGGACCUUUGAGAGAGAGUGGAAGCUCUCAGAAGUUGAAAAUCUGUCAAUUAUCAUGAAUGCAGCAGCUGCAACUGAUGCCAAUGAUGAGCGAUGCGAAAGUUUGCCGCCACACUGUGCUGCAGUUAGGGUUGAUUCAAGAUCACGUUACAUGAGUGUCUCCAGCCGUAGAUUAAGCGAGGAUGAUGAUGCAGACCAAACUGACAGUUGUCGUAAAGUUUCUACUGCUGAAUGUCCACAAGACCGUUUAAGUUACUUUGCAAAACUUCAAAGUUUGAUUAAAACUAGUACACAAGAAGCUCCAGUCCAUCAGCGCCAGAGAAGUGAAGAGGAAGUCCUGUACCAGCAGGAGCUCCAUGAGAUGCUAUGGCUAGAAUUACAAGCAUGGCAUGCAGGUCAAGAUUCAAAUUCCUAUGAUAUCUAUUUAGUUAAUCAGAGAAAGCAGGUUUUAGAUGUUAUUACUGAAGUCCACAACUUUACCUUUGAUUCAAACUGCACCGAGAAACACCAAGAGGAAGCAGAUUUAAAGAUUGUGACUGUUGAUGAGCUCCUCAGUGCAGGGGAGCUAAAGAUCCAAGGUAUACCCGUAACAACCUCUGAUUCUACAGAUGGUGUUGGGUCUAGUAAGAUGGCUGGGGGAGAGGAUGAUUGCAGUGGUUGUCUCUCCAUCUGGUGCAAAAUAUGUAUGGAUAAACAAACUGAGGGACUCACUCAAGUGGCAAAGCUAUUGAAGAAACUGGACUAUGUGGAGUCUCUAUUUCCUUCAACCAAAAAGCUGGCACUCCACUUUCCAGAGUGGGAGCAUGCUGACUUUGUCAAUCGUUACAUGGCUUUGUGUGUUUGGUACAAUGCAACGGUGCAGUUGAGAAUGAAGAUUGAAGUCCUUGGGAAACUGCUUGGGAACAUGACUUCAGCCCUCAUUCCAUGGCCUACCUUCAGCACCAGCUUUACAGGUGCUGCAACACCAACUUCUAGUUAUGAUUCAGGGGUCCCGCAAACCACUCACUAUGAUGAACCCUCCCAAGAGAAAGAAACACAUGUAGAUAAGUCUGCAUCUGUACGUUUUGUGAUAGACUGUGAUAAAUCAGAUGCUAGCUCAAACCCCUCUGAUUCAAAUAAUUCAACGGAUUCGGGUCAUACCACUGGUAGUACCAACAGUGGUCUGCUAAUGCCUCCUGCACCUGUUCCUCCUCUAGGAGGACUUAAGCGAUGUCUUAGUGACAUUUUUGUGGAAGCAAACCCUUACAGAAAAUAUGUAGAAAAACUUUUGAGAACCAAAGGCAUGAAAAAGACAUUUGAUAAAGUAGCUGAGGUUAUUCGCGAUGUGAUGUCUCGUACCAUAUGCAUUUUAGAAGAGCCCCAUCACUCUGUACGAGACUCAAAGCAACAAAAGAGUGCAACAGAUAUACCAACAAUGGCAUUAACAGAAAACUUAGAAGAACUCAGUAGAUAUGGACCCUGGAUUCCGAGGUUUGAAAAGAUGGAGCUUCCUCCUUUCUAUGCAACAUUCAUUUUUUUAGCGUCAGUGUCACUUCAGAUGAUGAGAGAGUGCCUGAAGCUAAGGAUUGAACAGAUGCCAGAAAAACCAUCUAGACUUAGUAUUAAGGAGCUUAUGAGGGAGUUCAAAGAAGGAGUCAAGUUUGCUGUUGUAGUAAGGCAGAAGUACCUGAGGGCUUGCCAUGCACUCUUUGGCAGUCUUUCUCCACCACUUCGAGAGAAUUUAGAGUUACGCCAGACUCAAGCAAUUGAGGAGCUAGAUGCUAAUAUAAAGAGAAUGUUAGAGGUAUAUCUAGAGUGGCUUGAUCAGUUUGUGUGCAUGUUACACCGCGAGCCUCAUGCGUCAGGUUUGCAGCGGAACUUCCUCCAAGAAGAAUGGCGUUUUGUCCAAGCAACAUGUCCCCACGUUAAUGAGGGGGAUAGUUUAGCAGCGACAAGAUUUUGCAAUAUAGCCUGUCACAUGCUGUGUAGUGUGGGCGAUUUUAUUGACACAGGAAUCGACGAUCAGAUGGCAGCCAUGCAAGAUUCAACUUUAGAGAAUUUUGAUGAUGAUUUUGAGGAGGAGGAUAUGGAUCAAGAUGAUAUCCAAAAGAAGAGACUUCUUCAGCGAUGUAGAGCCCUUCAAGUCCUCUUAGCUGAAACACGUGAGCGUGCCUUAAGAGCUGCAGGGUUAGCCAAGAUGUUAAGGAAGGACUUAGAGGUUGCUGCAGAAUUCCAAAUCAACUGCAAGCCUGCUGUGGUGCUAAGCAGAUUAAGAGAAACAGGGCACAUCCGAGUGAUAGCACCACACAGCCAAAACCACUUCAUAUUUGUACCAGCUCGCAUCAAGGACAAAAAAGAAUACAUCUGGCACUUGCUGGACAUGAGGGUUGGUGGCAUAGGCAUCGAGCACGAAUCAGAUGAAGAGGGGGGAUAUCUAGUCCUCAUGAGGUGUGAUGAGGGGGAUAGUCUUCACAAUUUGUGGACUGGUGAUCUGAUCAAGAUAGAACCUACAGCAGAUUGCACAAUUACACUUUCUAGAGUACAGGUAACAAGUAUGAUGGUGGUUGUGUCUACAGGAACAAUGCUUGUGCCAGUCCGAAGAGAAUUUCUCUACUGCAUGGGGAACACUGUCAUUUUAAUGCACGAUCAGACAACACCCAACAAAGCUAUUACUCAUUCCAUUGACGAACUAAAGAAAGAGGCUCUAGAACUGUGCAAUAGUCUUCAGAAUAAUAUCCAACAGGUGGAAAGUAUGACAGAUCUAGAACUAGUCAUGCCGAGCCUAGAAGAUGGAGAACGCCGUCAGCUUCAUUUAGUAACCAGAGACGUGGUUCAUCAGUAUUUCAUGUUUGGUUUUGAGUAUCAUAAGGAUGUCACUCGUCUUGUCACUGGUCAUCACCGGGCUUCUGUAGCACCGCUGCUGGUUGCUCUUGCACGAAUGUGGAUAAAAUUUGUCCAGAGUCAUUAUUCAGAAGGAAGAGGCAGGCGACCGAGGUGGUCAAAUGCAGGAGUUGAGUUCAUUGUUUUUGUAUGUGACCCACACAAUACAAGGCACCUCAAAGAUGAGGAAUUUCAGAACUUCCGAGUUGAGAUUGAGAAGUGCCUGGUGUACAUUGAAGGAAAAGCUCCUGAGGCCAGCCAGCCAGGGACACCAUUGACUCCAGUACUGCCUAGACAUCACUUCAGGUCUUCUUCCACGUCAUCCAUGGGGUAUAAUGCACCAGAGAGGUCCCUGUCCACACAGUCCUCCCAGAGUGAUUAUUCCCCUGUGGUGAAUCCUACUGACAGCCCACUCCUAAGGAGAAAUCUACUAAGACGUAGUCAACACAGUAUAGAAAGAGCAUCUGAUCAAAGUGAUGGAAAGAGCCCACCAAUUGUAGAAAAGCCAAUAGAGCGUGUUCGUAGAAAGAUCACAGAAAUGGAUAUCGAAUUGGAUGAGGGUCUACGGGAGGACCAGGUUAUUGGAAGGGUCUCUGAUACGCAGCGUGACAAGAUCCACUUCAAACCUCGUAGCGUCAGCUUUUCAUGGCAAAGAGGUUUCAAGAUUGGUAAGUAUAUGCAUAUUUUUUGUAUUUAUUAG